AUGGCUUCUCACAAGACCUUCAGGAUCAAGCGGUUCCUGGCUAAGAAACAGAAGCAAAAUCGUCCCGUUCCGCCGUGGGUUCAAAUGAAAACUGGUAACAAAAACAUGUACAACUCCAAGAAGAGAAACUGGAGACGGACCAAACUGGGUCUGUAA